AUGAAUUAUUAUUAAACUGACUUAUAUAAUGCUGAAUGCAGGGAGAGUGAAUCCAGUAAGCAAUACUUUGACUAGACAACCGAAUAGUAUCAGUACGGCUUAUAAUUCUGUGAAUAGUUUCCUUCUUAAUAAUCUCUAUAUCAUAUCUAAGAAGAUAUAAUCUAUAAUCCUUAGACAACUGCUCAAUUACAUGACACACGCUGUGAAUAAUAUAUGAAAGAUGACAAUUGUGAGUCACUUGUUGAGGAGAAUCUGUUCAACUUAAAUUAUAAUAUGAAUAACGACAACCAAAAUUUGAUGUUUUAGCCUAAUAUAUAAGAUUUCUAAGCUACAUACAUUUCAUAACUAUGCUAGCAGCAGAACUGA